UGGUGCUAGGGUGCAGCACCAUAAGCCUCCUCAUCCACCAGGGAUCGCAGCUCAGUUGCAUGAAGAUACACAAAUUACACCAUUAUGCUGUGGAAGUGUAAUUCAUGAUAGGUGUUUCUAUCAUGCUCAUGAACACGAAACAGCAGUAAAGACAGCAGCUCAAAAGACACCCAUCAAACCUUCCUGUGAAGUGGCUGAAGAAUUUAUCUUGAUUCUUCCCUCUACAUCUGAACUUGCUUCCUUUUGGGGUUCCAGUACAAUCAUGGAUAAACCCUCGAAGAUGGAUAAUGCUCAUCCUGAGUCACACACUAGUAAAUUGGUUCCAAGCCAUUACUCAUCAUCCUCCCAAGCACACCAUAGGCCAGGCCACAAUGGAGUCCAUCAUCCUCGUGAUGCCCAUCACCAGCCAUCUCACAAUCGCGGUGGAUCCCACCAUCAAAAUGAAUCCCAGCAUUUCCGUGAGUCCUCAGACCGUGAAGGUGCUUUCUCCCAUCAUUCCCAUCACCAUAACAGACCUUAUCACUCCAUAUCGCCGGAUACCGUCCCUCACCAUUUUGGUGGGACCCAUGAUGAAUCUCACCUCCAUACUGAGUCCCAACACCAUAGUGAGUUCCACCACCCAAGCAGACAACACCAAGAUGGACGUCACUAUCAUGGAGGGCACCAUGGAACUUCUGAGUCACACAGCCAAAGGGAUGCUUCCCACCAUGGGAAACCCCAUCAUACAUCCCACCGUCCUGGUGAAUCCCAUCAUCAAGGCCAUCAAGGCCAUCAAGGCCACCAUUACGGCAGGCUUCACCAUCUUGAAUCCCAAUACCACCGAAGACAGUCUUAUUAUGGAGGGAACUUUUCCUUCCACUCCUCUGAGGGGUCCUUCCACCAGGAAAGAUCUCACCAUCAUGUAGGCCACCAAGCUCACCACAGCGAGCAUCCCCACCACGGCGAGCAUCCCCACCACGGCGAGCAUUCCUACCACGGCGAGCAUUCCCACCACAGACUGCACCAUCACCACAGAGAACACCAUCAUGGAGAGCAUCAUCACCACAGAGAGCAUUCCCAUCAUCACCGCCAGAGCAUCUCCCAACUCUCUGCCACAUUCAAGUCCCACAGCACGCUUGGCAUCUCCCCUUCUCCUAUGAGAACCAAAAGCUCACUCGGUAGUGUGCCUCUCUCCCAUACUGCAACGAGAUCUUAUGCCUCUCAUGUUUCCAGCAAAAUUCAUCCCAAGGACACCUCCAAAGAAUCAGACUCCUGGAGUGAGGACGAACAAAUUCAGAAGCGCAAAAGGACCCAGCGGGCCCACAAGAAGUUGCACUCUGGGAAUAUCUUCCAAUGGAUUUGGGAAAAAAUAAGCCGCCUCCUUUGGGGUCUCCGGAAAAUGAUGAUGUCACUGACUCAGUCCCUGGGCUUUGAGACCUUCAUCUUCGUUGUGGUCUGCCUCAACACAAUUAUCCUUGUGGCCCAGACCUUCACUGAGCUAGAGAUCAAAGGUGAAUGGUACUUCAUGGUCCUGGACUCCAUCUUCCUUUCCAUCUACAUACUAGAAGCUGUGCUCAAGCUCAUUGCCCUGGGCGUAGAGUACUUUUAUGACCCAUGGAACAAUCUGGACUUCUUCAUCAUGGUCAUGGCGGUGCUGGACUUUGUGCUCCUCCAGAUCAAUUCCCUCUCCUAUUCAUUCUACAACCACAGCCUGUUCCGGAUUCUCAAAGUUUUCAAGAGCAUGAGGGCACUGAGGGCCAUCCGGGUCCUUCGGAGGCUCAGCAUCCUCACUAGCCUCCAUGAAGUGACGGGGACUCUGAGUGGAUCUUUGCCGUCCAUCACAGCCAUCCUCACCCUCAUGUUUACCUGCCUCUUCCUCUUCUCUGUGGUGCUCCGGGCACUCUUCCGGAAAUCGGACCCCAAGCGCUUCCAGAACAUCUUUACCACCCUCUUUACCUUAUUCACCAUGCUCACCUUGGAUGACUGGUCCCUCAUCUACAUGGACAACAGGGCCCAGGGGGCCUGGUACAUCAUCCCCAUCCUCAUGAUUUACAUCAUCAUCCAGUACUUCAUCUUCCUCAACCUGGUGAUUGCUGUGCUGGUAGAUAACUUCCAGAUGGCGCUUCUCAAAGGUCUGGAGAAAGAGAAGCUGGAGAAAGCUGCCCGGGUCCACGAGAAGUUGCUGGACGACUCUCUGACAGAACUAACCCAAGCAGGCAGCGGGACCUCCACUUCCAGUUCCUGCAGUUGGUGGCAUCAGUGGAGCAGCAUCAGCAGAAGUUUCGUUCCCAAGCAUCUGUCAUCGAUGAGAUUGUGGACAUUGCAUUUGAGGCUGGAGAAGAGGAUUUUGGGAAAUGACCCUGAAGAGCACCACCAUAUCGCCUCAAGUCUUUGGGAAGUGGCCUGCCAGGGUGGGUUGGGACAAGUCCCUAACUCUGCUGGCAUUGUUAUCCAGAACCAUGCUGGACUGAGGUCCCAAAAGAAUUUUAAAACCCCCAGGUGGCUCUGUUGUUGGAGCCCACUAGGU